AUUAACUAGAGAAAGAGAGAUGGCGAGACACUUAUUAGAAGAUGUAAUGAGCAUGGCCACCACAACAACACAUUUCGAUGCUAGUUACCUGUUUCAUGUUGUGUUCCUGGCUGUGAUCGGUUGUUGUAUCCUCUCCGCUCUGUUAUUCUCUUGUGCCGACGGAGUCUCCGACAACAGAGCCACUUCAGGCACCUCUACCGGUGGCGGAGGUUGUGGCGGUGCCGGUUGCGGUGGUGGUUGUGGAGGUUGAGAUUUCAUUUUUCUUCGUCAGGAAAAUAUAAACAGAACAGUCCGACCAUUUUACUUUCGUUUAUAGAUGUAUAGCUAUCGUAUAUUGAAGCAAUAAUUUAUUUAGUUUCCAUUUCUU